AUGCCGAAAUUAGUGAAACCAGUGGACACAAAUCUUAACAACGCCGAAAUGGAUGAUACAGCUUCGGUGCAGGUAAAAGUACCCAAAAGAAUCUUGCACUUUUGUGACGGCACGCUGGAAGAAUACAGCGAUGACGAACUGGAGCAGGCUGACGUGAAACAACCAGAACCAGUUGUCGAUCCGAAAACUUUGUCAUGGGGUCCAUGGACAACCCACAUGGCCUGGGCAGCUGGAAGUUCUGCAUUAGCAGGAUGUGACUACGUGGGAGAGUGGUUAGCUUCUGCAUUGGGCAUAACAACUCCAAAAUACUACUUUGAAAUCGAAGAACAGAAAAAACGCGAAGCUGAAAAGAAGAAAUUGGAAGACCAGAGCCGCGGAUGGUCUGAGAAUGCCCAGGACGGAGUUGAACUGGUAACAAAGGACGUUCCAUCGAGUAACCCUAAGGAGAAUCAGGCAUCUACAUCCGAAACAGAAACAUCUACAGCAAACUGAAACCGAAUCUCCCUCGCUGUAACGCCUGUAUAGCUAAAACUGGAUUUUGGAUGCUGAAACACUUCGAUAUGGAAUUUAACAUACGCUUGAUAUAAUUAAUAUUGUUAUACUUUCAUAUAAAUUUUUUUGCAAAUAUGUACUUCAUGUUUAUAUUAAUAAAAAUAAUUUUUCAAAUA